GUCAAUAAUAGUUACUAGUGCCUGGACUUUCGGGCAGUUCGCGCCUGGCGUUUGAAAAGUCCACAUCAGACCCGUUCCCAGUCGCAGAAUUGUAUUUAGACAUGGUUGCAUUGAGCACAAACGGCCGCAAGGAUGAACAGCCCCCAGCCAAUAUCCUCGAGGACAAGCGGAUCUUUCCGGAGUUCCGCGGUGGACCUUUGGACACGUACCGUCAACGGGCGAGCUUCUGUUACAAGCGCAUGAACGUGCUGCUCGAGGGGGAGGAGCACAUCCGCCUUAAGCACAAGGUGUGGCAGUGGAUGGAACGCCACCCGGACUUCCAGCGAGAGCCCGAGGCUCCAGGCUUGGAGCGCACCCGAGAGCUGGCCAACAAGAGGCAACACCUGCUCUGGGAGCAGCAGUUCUAUGGCGUUAACGAGUACCUGGGAACACCGCACCUGCUGCUGGCCUUUGGCCAGGCCAUCUUCAGCUAUGACUUCAGCACAUCUGUGAAGUUCGGCCUGUCCACGGGCAUGUUCCCCAGCACUCUGGUCUCAAACGGAUCCGGUCGCCUGGGCAAGUAUGUGGCCAAGAUCGCCGACAAUCGUAUCUUGGGUGCCUACGCCCUCACCGAGAUCUCGCACGGCACAAAUGCGCUUGGCAUGCGAACCCGAGCCACUUACGACCUGAAGAGGCAGGAGUUUAUCAUCCACACGCCGGACUUUGAGGCGGCCAAGUGCUGGGUGGGCAACCUGGGCAAGACCUGCACCCAUGCGAUUGUGUAUGCACAGCUGUAUGUGCCGGAUGACAAGCACCAGGGAUUGCAGGCUUUCCUGGUGCCCAUCCGUGACGAACGUACUCUGUUACCCUUCCCCGGCGUAACCGUGGGCGAUAUGGGCGAGAAGAUCGGUCUCAAUGGCAUCGACAACGGUUUUGUGAUGUUCAACCAAUACCGUAUUCCCAAGGCCAAUCUGCUCUCCAAGACCGGCGACAUCGACGAACAGGGAAACUACAUCAGCCAGAUUAAGGACGAGCGCAAGCGACUGGGUGCCUCGCUGGGCGCCCUCUCCGCAGGACGCGUCAACAUCACAGCGAUCACGUACGUGGCCCUGAGCAAGGCGGUGACUAUUGCCACUCGCUACGGAGCGAGCCGGCGGCAGUUUGGGCCUACAAACUCCCCGGCGGAGUGGCCAGUGAUUGAGUAUCAGUCGCAGCAGUACCGUCUCAUUCCGCACUUGGCCACAGCGAUUGCUAUGCGUGUGGCUACGCUUUGGAUCGGCAAGGAGAAUGUCGAUAUGACCAUGAAGGGUUUCACUGGCGAGGACACUUCGAAGACGGGCAUGGAAAUCCACGCCAUCUCGUCGGCCCUCAAGCCAGUGGCCACCUGGGCGGCCAGGGAUGGCAUUCAAGAGUGUCGGGAGGCAUGCGGUGGACAUGGAUACUUGAGGUCUUCGGGCUUGGGUGAUCUGCGAAACGACAACGAUGCCAAUUGCACCUACGAGGGUGAGAACAACACACUUAUCCAGCAGGCCUCCAACUGGCUCAUCAGCUUGCGUCGCAACAACGCCGACUUUGUCGCUGUCUCACCUUUGGAAACGGUGUCCUUCCUGCAAAAUAUGGAUGCCCUGCUGCAGAGCAAGGGCCAAGAGCGUACGCCAGCUGAGGUCUUGGAUCCCAACAAUCUUCUAAAGGCGCUCAACUGGCUUACCGCUUGGCAACUGGAUAACACUGUAAAGCGAGUCGAGCAACAACAACGCGAGGGCAAGGAUGCCUUCGAAACGCGCAACAACAUACAGGUGUUUGCGGCCCAAAAGCUGUCUAUAAUCUAUGGCGAGCGAACCAUUUAUUAUAUGUUCCAUAAGUUUGUGAGCAACUUGCCCGCCUCGGCCGAAAAGGAGGUGCUGCAGCAAGUGCUCUCGUUCUACGGAGCGCAUCUGGUCACCAGGUACUCGGCCAUUUUCUACCAGGGCGGCUACUUCCGUGACAAUUCUCAUCUGGCAUUGUAUGAGCAGGGAAUCUUGGGUUUGCUGUCUGUCCUCAAGAAUGAGGCCAUUGCUCUGGUGGACGCAAUUGCUCCCACUGAUUUUAUUCUAAACUCGCCCCUCGGCAUGAGCGAUGGCAAUGUUUACCAGCAUCUGCAGCGUACAAUUGUGUCGACCCCGGGUGUCUACGAACGCCCCCAUUGGUGGCGGGAUGUUACCUACAAGGAUUACCUGAAGCGCGCCAAGUUGUAGUGAUGCAAUCACAAGAAUUCACAAGAGUUCAUAAAGAUUACCUUGUUAUCGUUGUACGUUUAAAUGAUAUUAAUGCACCUUUUAUUAAAAAAGGUGCUACAUAAUUACUGACAGGUGAAACCUGAACAUUUAAACAUUCCAGCUUCAUUGAAAUAAGGCUCAGGAUCAGCCUUUUAUAGUUUGUACUUAAUAUUCAAAAACGCCGUAAGCUUAAAAUACUCCAAACUCCACAGACAUUGUUGCACGUAUUAUAUAGCAAUGAUUAAUAAAAACUUUAUAUAUA